CUUUCAGAUAGGUCGCAUAUAUAUUCAUGCCAUUUAUGGUUGAUGUUUUUCCAACUAAAGACGAAAUCUUGCGAAAUGAAGGUGAUCUGUUAUGUCAACUAUGCGGAAAAAGGUUCUCCAACAUCUCCGCUCGACGGUUGCAUACAGUAAAAACGCACGGAAUUCUUUCAUGCGAAAGCGACAGAAGAAUUUAUGAAAAAGUUCGCGAUGGAUGUUCCCGUACAUAUAUUUAUCAUUGCCCUGCUGAGCCAUGUCGCAAGAAAUCGCUGCGUUUCAAUGGAAUGAGGAAUUUGAAGCAGCACUAUAUACGGGUACAUACGCCCAAAAACAUCCUAUGCAAAUGCGGUUCUGCUUUUGCACUCCGAAAAGAUCUGCUGUAUCAUCAAAGUAAACGAUGUCUUCUAGGAGAACGGAAAAGAAAAGGAAAGAAGUCGCCGACCAGAUCAACUGAGGAAUAUGAUCAGCCCUCGACCUCCGUGGCAGCUCCCCCGCCGGGAAAGAAAAACUCAAACAAAGAAGCUCGUCUCGAGAACGAAUCAUUACCACAACAAGCGAAGACAUCAGCAGAAGCAAUGGAGACCAAUAGUCAUACAAUCAUCCACCCAGUCAUUUUGGUUGUACCUACGGAAAAUAUUGCUUUCACAGUAGAGGCCAUCAAAAGAGUUUUUCGCACAACUACUGAAGCAGGUGUGCAAGUGCACCCAUUCGAUUUUGCCCCGGCUAUCGAGAAGGCUACGGUGGCCGUGGGAAUGGACCAACCUUCAUGCUUCGAUUUUUGCGGUCAAGUCAACUCAGUCAAUGCACCGUACUUCUACCAUGCUCAAGAAACCGGCAGUAACACUGCGAAUGCCUCUUCCAGUACCGAACAACCUAUGCUGGAUUUUGCGCAGAGCUCUACGUUCUGCUAUGAAGCUCAACAAGCGUCUGAGCAGGGGAUACAGUAUGUCUACGGUACUGAUCUCGUAACUGAAGCACAAGUUCGCAAUCGCACCACAAGCACUAGUGGACAGUAUCUGGAAAAUGUUUAUAGCACUAAUCCGCAGGUAGUUGCCGCAGCGCAACCGCUAGUGAAGACAUUUGGAACAAUGGUGGACGAAAAAGUGUGUCAGAGUAAUGUGUCGUCAUGCGUACGAAACGCAGAGACAAGCAUGGACGGACCGGAAUUCGAUUUGUUACGGGAUAUUGAGACACAAACACCAUGGAACGAUGUCGGAUUGAUGACAGAUUUCUGGACCGACAUGGGGCAUUCACCCUAGGUUUUUUUCGUGUUUUCUAUGAAGAAUAUAGAAUGC